AUGCGUGCCCACGUUUUGACACUCUCCGCCAACACCACUCUACUACGCCAAGCUCUUCCCGUUUUGGUUCGAUCUCACAACAAACCCACCCUUCUCUUCCGAACCACCGCUCCUAAUCGCAUAUCUUUCCUCAGAUCCACUUCACAAACUACUCCUUUUCGCCAUAUUUCUUCUACUCCUAAACGCAACGAUACACUACUAUUCACCACUACUCUUCGCAAGUUUACUUCACGCGCCACCGUCAACGACGCUGGUUCUUUUGAUUUGCCUCUCAUUCAGUCUAUGCAGAAUAAGAUUAAGGAACAACUCAAUGCCGAAUCAGUUUUGGUGAAGGAUGCUUAUGGCGAUGGACGACAUGUUAGCAUUGAUGUUAUCUCUACAGCCUUCGAGGGACAAUCAGCCGUGAAUAGGCAAAGGAUGGUUUAUAAAGCCAUAUGGGAGGAGCUUCAGAGUGUAGUUCACGCUGUUGAUCAGAUGACAACCCAAACUCCUGCUGAAGCAGCGGGAAAAUGA